UUCACUUCAUACUUUCAUAACAUAAAAAGAUGUGGAGAUUAAAAACAGCAGAAGGAGGCAAUGAUCCGUAUCUCUUUUCCACAAACAAUUUUAUCGGGAGACAAACAUGGGAGUUUGACCCGAACCAUGGAACCCCAGAAGACCAAGCCACAGUCGAACAGGCCCGAACUGAUUUCUGGAACCAUCGACACCGGGUCAAGCCCAGUAGUGAUGUCCUUUGGCGCAUGCAGUUUUUGAAAGAGAAAGAAUUCAAACAGACAAUAGCCCAGGUGAAAAUAGAAGAUUCUGAAGAGAUAUCGUAUGAAAAAGCUACAACCACACUGAGGAGGUGUGUCAGUUUUUUCUCAGCUUUGCAGGCCAGUGAUGGUCACUGGCCUGCUGAAAAUGCGGGCCCACUGUAUUUCAUGCAGCCGUUGGUUAUUUGUUUGUAUAUUACCGGUCAUCUUAACGUUGUUUUCCCGGAAGAAUAUCGAAAAGAAAUUCUACGGUAUUUAUAUUGUCAUCAGAAUGAAGAUGGUGGAUGGGGGUUUCACAUAGAGGGACAUAGCACGAUGUUUGGGACAACUUUAAGUUACAUUUGCAUGCGGCUUUUGGGUGAAGGUCUGGAUGGUGGUCUGAAUGGUGCAUGCACCAAAGCCCGAAAAUGGAUCUUGGAUCAUGGCACUGUCACCACUAUCCCAUCAUGGGGUAAAACAUGGCUUUCUAUACUUGGUGUGUGCGAGUGGGCAGGAACCAACCCUAUGCCACCGGAGUUCUGGCUCCUUCCCUCUUUUCUUCCAAUGUAUCCAGCGAAGAUGUGGUGCUAUUGUCGGCUGGUAUACAUGCCGAUGUCGUAUCUCUAUGGAAAAAGAUUUGUGGGUCCCAUUACUCCUUUGAUUCUACAACUUAGAGAUGAACUUUACUCACAACCCUACAAUGAAAUCAAUUGGAAGAGUAUAAGGCAUUUGUGUGCAAAGGAAGAUUUAUACUAUCCUCAUCCAUUACUACAAGAUUUAAUGUGGGAUAGUCUCAACAUUUGCACAGAGCCUUUACUAAAUCGUUGGCCAUUAAAUAAAUUGAGACAGAAAGCGCUUGAUACAACAAUGAAUCAUAUCCAUUAUGAAGAUGAAAAUAGCCGAUAUAUCACAAUUGGUUCAGUGGAAAAGGCGUUGUGUAUGCUUGCAUGUUGGGUUGAAGAUCCAAAUGGUGUUUGUUUCAAAAAGCAUCUUGCAAGAAUCCCGGAUUAUCUCUGGGUUGCUGAAGAUGGAAUGAAAAUGCAGAGUUUUGGUAGCCAAGAAUGGGAUGCUGGUUUUGCUAUCCAAGCUCUACUGGCUGCUGAUCUUACAGAAGAAAUCGGUUCUACUUUAAUGAAAGGACAUGAAUUCAUUAAAGCUUCACAGGUUAAAGAUAAUCCUUCUGGAGACUUUAAAAGCAUGCAUAGACAUAUCUCUAAAGGGUCAUGGACUUUUUCAGAUCAAGAUCAUGGAUGGCAAGUUUCUGAUUGUACUGCUGAAGGAUUAAAGUGUUGUCUACUAUUCUCAACAAUGCCACCAGAAAUUGUUGGUGAAAAAAUGAAACCUGAGCAACUGAAUGAUGCUGUCAAUGUAAUACUUUCCUUACAGAGCAAAAACGGUGGGCUAGCUGCAUGGGAACCAGCAGGAUCAUCAGAAUGGUUGGAGAUUCUCAAUCCUACAGAGUUCUUUGCUGACAUUGUCAUUGAGCAUGAGUAUGUUGAGUGCACAUCAUCAGCAAUCCAAGCACUCGUUUUGUUUAAGAAGUUAUACCCUGGACAUAGAAGGAAAGAGAUAGAGACUUUCCUUACAGGUGCAAGUGGAUACUUGGAGAAAAUACAGAUGCAAGAUGGAUCAUGGUAUGGAAACUGGGGAGUGUGUUUUACAUAUGGUACUUGGUUUGCUCUUGGAGGAUUGACAGCUGUCAAUAAGACAUUUGAAAAUUGUCACGCAAUUAGAAAAGGUGUCAAAUUUUUACUUGAAACACAGCUGGAAGAUGGUGGUUGGGGAGAAAGCUAUAAAUCAUGUCCUGAAAAGAAAUACGUACCCCUUGAAGGAGGUCGAUCAAAUUUGGUACAUACUGCAUGGGCUAUGAUGGGAUUGAUUCAUUCUAGACAGAUGGAGAGAGAUGUGACACCUUUACACAAAGCAGCCAAGUUAUUGAUCAAUUCCCAGUUGGAAAAUGGUGAUUUUCCACAACAGGAAAUAGCUGGAGUGUUUAUGAAGAACUGCAUGCUGCACUAUGCACUAUACAGGAAUAUAUACCCGAUGUGGGCUCUUGCUGACUAUCGCAAGCUCGGUCUGCUACUCUGCUUUUGCUAUCAUCGUAAAAUAAGAACUCCAUCACUCAUCAGUCCAUCUCCUUUCUACAUUUUGAUCUUCCUCACACGCCAAUAUACAAACGGAAGGUUUGAAGAAGAUUCAUACUCGUACCCGAAAUCAAAGAAACUAGUUUGCACUUGCAGUUGUUUCAUGGAAUAUCAUCUGAAAUUGGGAAUCGUAUUGUCUCUGCUUGUUGGUAUUAUCGAUUCCACACAUUCCUCUUCAUAUUCUUCUGAGUUGGGAAGCCAUAGAUACAUCACAGAAGCAUACUUUCAUAAACACAACACCAUAAUCGAUCAAGUUUUCCAAGAUUUCAUAACCAAUAACCUCCCUCAUGGAUCCUGUGAAAUGCUGCAAACUAAACACAAUUUCAUCCCAAAACUAUCACUUUUAGGGCGAAAUUUAAUUGGUGAAGGUUCUCACAGGCGUCUAACAUCUUCCAUUAAAAUCAAAAUCCAUCAAGAAAUUUCAUCUAAUCUCCAAUCACUCUCAUGUAAAGCCAUAGUUAUUGAACGACUCCCCUCUGGAGUAUUCACCGACCCAUUCGAGCUUCAACAUCUUACUCAACGUGGUGUGUUUACUGAUGCUUCUGUAUUCGGGGACACUGAUUUAGAAUCACCUACCAUAAGGGCAAAUCGGUCAAUUAUUGAAAUUCACAUGGAUUUGAACCCUAAAAACAAGAACAAUUGGGAACUCAAGAUUGAGCUUCCAUUACAUGCACGUUAUGCGCCUUUGGGAGAAUAUGGUUAUACAAGAAUUGAAUUUGGGUCUCCUGAUUUGUUUCUACACUGCACUAUUGAAGGGGACCCACAUAACAAAAGCUGUUUAAUUUCAACCAAUGACAAUGAUGUUAGUCUUACGUCAUCAAAUGUUGCUUCUAUUUUAUGGGAAGUACCUUCUGGAAUUGUGGAACAUACAAAAAUUGUCUCUAUGAUUACUUUUAUUUCAGCUGUUGUAUCUGCUUUCUCAAUUUUCAUUGCAUGUCUUUAUUAUCCAAACACUGAAAGUGAAAGCUACAUUAAUUUUAAACAAUCUUAA